AGACCCCACUAGUGAACGCCCGCGUGCCCCUCACCUCAAUGCGACGACGACGAUGAUCCCUCUAUAACAUUUCCAAUUCUCUCCUGAUCCUGGUGUGACAACCUUGAGCAUACCAAGCUACUCUGGGAAAUUUUUCAACUCGUUUUUUUUGCGAGUCUCGAGAUACCAACAAAGGCCCAUCUGUCUGCGAGACGAGCAAGAACCAUUACCUUAUUACCAAUACACUAUAUACUACACGAUCACGACUCUUCCUCCGCCGUGGUUCAUAAGACCUCUUUGCACUGGAUCAUCUAUCUGUGACUUCUAACCAAUCCCAGUCAUGAAGCUCAUUCUCUCCACCUCAAACAUCAUGGGUGGCCCCCCCUCCGUAGUCCGCCGCCCGGGCUACGAAAAGUCCAACACCGAGCUCACCUCCUCCCUGCGCUCAAACUUCACAUCGCACCAGCAAGCCUCAGAGACCUCCACGCCCGCCGGCGCAUCCUCCCCCCCAAAGCCCGCCGCCUACCAAUCCUGGACCUCCCAACACUCCAACACCCUCUUCAUCCCCGCCUCCGAGCCCACUCCCGCCGGCCUCGCCGAAGAGCGCUCCCAAUACGACAUCACCGUCAAACUCUUCUACCUCCCCAACAUCCCCUCCUCGCGGCGCAGCCUCCAAAACCGCGAAGCCAUCGACCUGGUCCUGCGCGAGCUCGGCGUCUCCUCCAUCGACCUCCUCAUCGUGUCCUUCCCCGGCAUCAGCUUCGACGCCGACGACGAGGACUCCGACUACGACUCGCCCGACCCCUCGGACUCGCGCUCCAUGUCCACCAACGCCGGCUGUCCAGAUGCCGAGACCGCGCCCGAAGACAUCGACACCAUAACCCAGACAUGGCGGACGCUCGAGAAGCUGCACGAGGAGGGCAUCAUUGCGAAACUAGGCGUCGCCGAGUUCGGGACGCAGCGGCUGGCGCGGUUCCUGCCGCAGACCAAGGUGCGGCCGGCGGUGGAUCAGAUCAAUGUGCGCGACUGCUGCGUGGUGCCGAAGCCGUUGAUUCUGUAUGCGAAGCAAGAGGGGAUCGAGCUGCUGACGCAUAACGACUGCACGAAUGUGCUACCGAGGGGCACGUUACGGGAGCUUCUGGGGUCGGGAGAGCAUGGCGCGGGCGUGUUGGCGGCGCCGGGUGGGGCGGAAGAGGCGGGGUUGAGGGGCGAUGUGGAACCGCAGUGGGUUGUGAAAUAUACUGCUGUGGUGAAGAAUCGGGGUGUUGUGGAGAGUAAGGGGUAUUUUGCGGCCGCUGAGCUGAGGGGGGAGUAACGAAGUUGAGGGCUAGACGUGUAUAUAUCCAUUGAUUGGCAUUACGGCAUGGCAUACGAGCAUCCUUGAAUUGCUGCGGUACUUUUGUUCAGAAGAAAUAGAAAGAGAUGAUGUGUUUCUCAACUCUAUCGGACCACUUGUGUUGGAAACAGAUUUGUAAUCCCUAGGUGGUGACAAUCACCGGGCCAAAGACGUGAUCUGAGUUAUGCUUGGGUUAUGUUGAUUAGCACAACGUGCAUCUGACAUCAUUAAAGUCAUGGUCGAGGGGAAGUAAGCCCAGACUAUACUUUUGGAAGUUCUAAUCGUCCCAUAGCCCACCAGAAUAGU